CAGUCUUUACCUACACUACCUAGUAGUAAUCUAUCAAUUUUCAACCCGCCCUCCCCGGCUUGCCGUACUCUGGCCCAUGUCCCGUCGGCAUGUCGCAAUCUCUUUACAUUUUUUUUGCUACUGCAAUCGUCAAGCCAUCCGCUUCUCCAUUAGGCUCAUGCCUCGGCGCUCAUGCACGGUUGUCGAGUCAGGUUCAAGAAUAAACCGCUCAGCAGGAUCGCUUCGCAUUAUUUAUUGUAUGCGUCCCAGAGUGUCGGUACCUAUCGAGACAACACAUCGCCUGUCAUGUCACCACCGACGUUGCGCGGUCUGCAUAACUUUUGUACAAGCCUCGCCGGCUCCAGGCCAGUCCCGCGCGAGAAGAGAGAGAAAGCGAAAAAAAAAAAAAAAAAAAAAAAAAAAACAUAGACACAAAAGGCACAAAAGUUCUUUUCUUGUCUAUAUCACGACCGGGUUUCUAUGCAAAGAUCCACGACCAUCACCUCCUGGGUUAUCCACCAAUCAGCGUCCCUACCGAGGCAUAAGUAAAAUCAGUCCGAGAAUUUCGACCCCAACCCCUACUACUACUAUAGUUACUACAUCUGGCCUGCUAGUCUAUUUGAUUUACCGCCUUACCGCUUAGACUAUGUGUGCGAGUGUGUGCGAGUGUGUGUGUGUACAUAUGUAUGAUUUCUUCGUCCAUUUUUAACUACAUAUAUAUGUACCUACCUACCUAUCCAUAGUAAUUUUUGCAACACGGGAUUCACGACUGCUAAACUAAGACGGGCAAGACUUUGCGCGAUGUGCCUUUAGCGUAUUUCCACAAAGUCCACGCUAGACCCAUUAUAUAAUCAAUCUCCAGGGCUGAUUUUUUUAAUUACCUAGCUAAUUAGCCCGGGAAGGAUCAAAUAGGUGUACUAUGUAAAUUGCCUAGUAAUUAGUAGGUAGU